GCAUUUUUUACUCUACAGGAACUCCACAGGGGAGCCGAGAACCUGUGUGGCUUGGUGAUCACUAGGUUGCUUUCAGGGUGGCGCGAUGCGUUACCUUCAAGAAUGCGGUUCCUCUAGAGUGAAGACUGUGAUUAGCAGCGUCUCACCGCAUACCUCACUUUAUUUUCUUGUACGAAGUAUUUAUCGUAUACCCACUGCCCUUAGCUCCCCCUCGCAGAUGGCCCUGCCCACCUCCGCAUCGUCUUUAUCCUUCUCUACCAGAUGGUUAGGAAGCGAUACAGGUGAUUUUUCGUGUGCUAGACCAAAGGAAUUACGUUUUCGGCGUGACCACCUCCUGCUCCCACUCCUCCGCGCGAAGCGUUCCCGAUUGCAAGAUCUGCAGGUACGCAAGGAGGCGCUUGAUCAAAUAGCCCAUCGCUCUGUCGAUCGCCUCUUUUUUGCUAUUUUUGCGGUAUUGCUCGUGCAAUUCGUAGUGCUCUUCGAUUGGACGUAUAUUCACUUUGACUGGAAUUUUGUCGAGCCGAUCACUUACCUGCUAAGCUACUGCGAGACGUGGAUUGCCUUGGCGUGGUAUGGCAACAUGCAUAGCGAGUAUGAGUAUGAUAGCCUACGUGAACUUUUAGAACGCAAACGUCGCAACAAGCUGUACGUUCAGCAUGCGUUGGAGGUGUCAGAACUGAAUCAAUUAAAGGAUGAAGUGGAGAUCCUUGAGGGGUUAGUGCGUGCCCUCGAGGGGAUUGAUUAAAGGAAUGAAUUUAGAGGGGUUGUCAUUCCGUCUAUUGGUGCGCAGUGUCUAUAUGAAAAUCGACAUGCACCCAUAUAUAUUUCUUCGAUAUUUUUAGUGUACAUUUUGGUAAACGUAUGUAUGUGCAUUAAUAGGGAGUAUACUAUUUGAUUCGACAGGAGUUGAAGCACUACUCUUAA